AAGUUUUACCUGGUCGUACGUUAGAGUGUGAUGCAUGUGUUCAUGGCGUUCCUGGACUUGGAGGAUUGAUGCAACUCGGGGAUGGAGUAAAGCUUGUUAUUUGUAUGGUUGGAAUUUCGGGCUGUGGCAAGACGUAUGUGGCCAAUAAAAUCAGCCGUUUCUUAAAAUGGAAGGGAUACAAUGCGCGCGUCUUUUCUUGUAGUGAUGUGCGCAAGCAUCGCUAUCCCGAGUAUGCAUCGCCUCCUGCUGAGUACUGGAAUGAAGAAAAUGAAGAAAUGAAGAAAUUGCGCCUCAACGUGAUUACAGACACACUUCAGGAAUUGUUUGCUUACCUCCGUGAAGGAGGCCAGGUCGGCUUAUUUGAUGGUUCAAAUCUGUCGCGCUCGAUGCGAGAGCACAUCACCAAGCUUAUCUCUAAUGAGCCAAACGUCCACCUUCCUUUAUGGAUCGAAAUGAGAGUCAACGACACUUCGAUCCGUCUUCGCCGCGUGCAGCGAGAAAAGCUUUUUUCGAUCGAGUACAUGGGAUACGACUCCCAGCAAGCCAUGAAGGACUACGAAAACCGUGUGCAGUUCCAGAUGAGCAGCUACGACGAUCUGGAGGAGGAGGAGGACCCUGUCUAUUGCAUCGUGGAGAUCAAUAAGGACAACCGGAAGCGCUACAUCACCAACAACGUGCGCGGCUACCUCCCCACGACGAUCGUUUCCUUCGUGAUGAACCUGCACCCCGAGCCGAAGCCCAUCUACUUCACUCGCCACGGCCAAUCCGAGUACAACCUCGAGGACCGCAUCGGCGGCGACCCCAACCUCACCGACUUCGGCCGGCAAUACGCGAAGCACCUCGGCAAAUUCGUCGCGUCGCUCGAGAAGGUGGACGUGAAGCGCCUCGCCGUGUGGACCAGCUGCAAGCGCCGCACCGUGCAGACCGCCAUGUACAUCGACUGCAACAGCCGCGUGCGCUGGGCCGCGCUCAACGAGAUCGACGCGGGCGUGUGCGAGAACCUGACCUACAAAGAGAUGGGCCAGCAGUUCCCCGAGCUCGCCGCGCAGCGCAAACGCGAUAAGCUCAACUUCCGGUACCCGCAGGGAGAGAGCUACUGCGACAUCAUUGAGCGGCUGCAGCCGGUGAUUUUCGAGCUGGAACGGACCACGAAACCCGUGAUCGUGGUCUCGCAUCAGGCCGUGCUGCGAUGUCUGAUCUCGUACUUCAUCGAUACGGCCAAGGAGAAGAUCCCGUAUUACUCCAUCCCAUUGCACACGUUGGUUCGCAUUAUUUGCAAAGAGGAAUCGUAUGAUGAGGAACGAUAUCCACUCAUGCCGGUCAAUGUGAUGGAGACGUUACCGCGGUUUUUAGAGACGGUUGAAGAAACGAAGAAACGGGAGAAACAGUGUUCAUUCUAGAUUUUGCGCGUUUU